AUGGGUCUCCUCAAGAAGCACUCCAAAGUCCUUUGUGUCUCUGCUGGAGCAGGCCAUGAGGUCAUGGCUCUAUCCAAAAUGGGUGUUGAGGAUGUUACAGGUGUUGAAGUGAUAGAGUCUUUGCCUCUGGUUAGCAAGGCGGAUCCUCAUAAUCUUCCCUUCUUUGAUGGGGCUUUCGAUGUUGCCUUUACUGGGCAUUUGGUGGAGGCUUUGUAUCCUAGGCGGUAUGCGGGGGAGAUGGAGAGGACUGUGAGAGAAAGUGGAGUGUGUGUGGUGGUAGUGGACGAGUGUGGUGAUGAGGAAGUGAAGGAGAUUGUUUGGCUGUUUAGGAGGUCCAGGCUUGUUGGCACUUCCAAUGUCACCUUGAACAGAAGAAGAGUGACGAGGAUUAUACUGAGAACUAUAGCUUCUGCCUAA